UUUCUGAGCAGAAAUUCAUAUGAAGAGUCGAACUGGCUGCUCAAGCCUUUCCAGCGGUCUAAUGCUUCUACUGGGAAGCCAGGAGAACACGAGACUUUUCUGCUGCAUAUUCAGGCUGGCGUGAAUGCACUUCGUAGAGCGGAGACCAUUCUCGUCUUCUCAGGUGCAAAGACCGAACGGGAUGCGCCCUCGAGUGAAGCUGACAGCUAUCGGAACAUCCUCGUGCAUUGCUUCGGUGAUUCCGACGUUGUGCAACAAGCCAUGACAGAUGGUAGGGUAUUGUGCGAAGACGCUGCAACAGACAGUUACCAGAACCUGCUCUUUUCCCUCAUCAAGUACUACGAGGUGAAAGGCAAGUGGCCACGAAUGGUUACUGUAAUCACGCAUAGUUUCAAAGAAGCUAGGUUUCUUGAAUGCCACGCGGACGCAAUUUGCUGGCCCAGCGAGAAAAUACGUGUGCAGGGGUUGAAUCCACCAUUUCCUCUAUCAGAGUUGCGGGAGGUACAGAGAUUAGAGAAGGAGACUCUAGACCUUUUCAGAGCAGAUCCUCAUGGUGCUCACGCGCCUCUGUCGUCAAAACGAUUAGCAAGGCAAUGGCUGGCGGAUGUUGACCUGCUUGGUAACAUCCCAGACACGUCCGUCAAACAUUCACUACAGAGACUGCUGGACUUUCGGGAGCGAACGCAAUUUGCUGAGCCUUCACCAUGGACUGAAAGCAGUCCUUGA